AUGCGGGAGGACGAAAACCACCCAGAUAGUCAAGCAAUCACUGGCGCCAAAGCUACACCAGGAAGUUGUCCAGCAACUGCAGACCAGCCCUUUUUCGUUGUCAGUCGAUGAGAGCAAUGACAGGAAUUGCGACAAGAGCUUAGCCAUCCUUGUCAGAUAUUUUACUGACCAGUCCCAGACAAGGUUCCUCGCCAUGCCUGUGUGUAAUAUUGGGAGUGCCACCAACAUUUUUGAUCACAUACAGCAGGUUUUUGUUGACAAUGAGAUUCCUUGGUCCAACCUUAUAUCAUUCAUGUCGGAUAACUGCAGUGUCAUGACAGGGAAGCAUAACUCCGUAGUUACCAGGAUCAAGGAGAAGGCUCCAUCCGUGUUCGAUUUUGGUUGUGUUUGUCAUCUGGCCAACCUAUGCACUGUAGCUGGAGUAAAGGCCCUUGCUCUGCCAGUUGAAGAUCUCCUUGUUGAGGUUUAUUUUCACUUCUAUCACAGUUCCAACAGAAAAGAAAAGUAUAAGGAAUUCAUGGAAUUCACUGACAUUGAGCCUUUGAAAAUACUAAAGCAUUCCAGUACACGGUGGCUGAGCUUAGAGAAGUGUGUUGGUCGUUUUCUUCACCAUUGGCCUGCCCUGAAGAGUUACUUCAGCUCCCACGAUGAUGUUGAAAAACCAGGGCGUGUGAAGCGGUGUGCAGCUUACCUAAACGACCAUGAGAUGUACAUGUAUUUCAGCUUCUUAAGUUUCAUACUGCAUCCACUCAAUGAGUUCAACACCAUUUUCCAGGCAGAUGAAGCCAAGAUUGGAUACUUGAAGGAGGAGAUGGUGACUCUGCUAAGGAAGUUCCUAGGGAAGUUUGUAAGGGCCAUGAUCAUCCAGUCCACUGAAGACCUCACAACUGUGCCAUUUGAAGACCGGAACCAUCAGCUGAAUGACAACAUCAUAGCAGUUGGAGUUACAACAAGAGCCUACAUGGUGGACCAUGCAGAUGAAAUUCCGCCAUCAUCACUUCAUAGAUUUUUCCUGUCAAUAAGAAAGUUCUACCAUGCAGUAACGUCAAAGAUGUUGGCCAAGUUUCCAUUCAAAGAUGUUGUAGUAUCCAACCUUGCCUUCCUGAAUCCAUCUAACAGAGGGGAUUUACCCCCAUCUGCCCUAACUGUGAUAGCAGAGAGAUUCCCUUCUCUGGUACCCCAGGAUCAGUGGCAAGAGCUAGAAGAGGAAUUCAUGGACUAUCAAACAAUUCCUGAUACUGACCUUCCAUGUUCCCAUGAAGACAACAGAACAGAUUUCUACUGGGGUAGGAUCCUAGAAAUGAGAAAUAACAUUACCAACACUCCAAGGUUCCCACUUAUGGGGAAAGUAGUGAAAGCCAUGCUUACUGUGCCCAACUCCAAUGCUGAAUGUGAGAGAGUAUUUUCAAUGGUGAAGAAAAUACAGACAGAGACCCGUGCUAAUUUGGAUAACAAAACCAUCUGUGCUCUGCUUACCACCAAAGUUAACAACAUUCAGCAUUGUAAUCUUGUGAAACCUUCCAAAGAAUUGCUCCAGUCAGCAAAAAAGGCCUGCUUGUCUUAUAACAAAGACUGUGUUUCUUAGUGGUGAUUGAUAAGUGUUUUAUUGUUUGUAUCUUGACUGUGAUUGAAACUUCUGUUUUACCUAUUCUUACCUGAAUUUUAAUAGUAAUAACUACAUGAUGUUCUUUUAGUUUGUAACAUUUUAUUUAUUUGAAUUAUAAUAGUAGCUAUUUUAGUAACCAGAUUUUAACAAUGCAAUAUUGUUUUCAUUAUGCAUCAUGUGCCACUGUAUUUUUCUUAAAUUUGUUAUUAAAUUGUUGAAACUGUACAAGGUACUAGUAAUAACUACAUGUACAUGAUGUUCUUUUAGUUUGUAACAUUUUAUUUGCUUGAAUUAUAAUAGUAGCUAUUUUAGUAACCAGAUUUUAACAAUGCAAUAUUGUUUUCAUGUUUCAUGUGCCACUGUAUUUUUCUUAAAUUUGUUAUUAAAUUGUUGAAACUAUACAUUGUUUUGGUUGCUGAAUCAGAUUCAGACUUAUG